CCCCCUCCUCUCCCCUCACCGUGCGCUCUGGUCCUCCUCUGCGCGCUCUUGGGUUUCGCCUCGGAGAAACCUCAGACCUCUGGAUCGCCAAAACUUCACGAAAUCAGUUUAGAGGUGUGGGGCUUGGGGCCGCAGUUGUUUUUUGUCGGGGGUUGGGUGCCGUGGUUUAGUUGUUCUUUCACAGUUUAAUCAUGGAGACUCUCAGAAGUCUCCUCGCGCUGCUGUGCGUUUUCAUGGCUGGAGCGCAACAGCAGGACCAACGGCGCAGAGUUGCUGAGUGUCCUGUUGACCUGUUCUUCGUCCUGGAUACAUCUGAGAGUGUUGCCCUCAGAAGGACACCGGAUUCCUAUUAUAUUGACCAGAUCAAAAAUUUCGCCAAGGACUUCAUAGAUCAACUCAAAGACAUGCGCCACCAGUGUGACCGCAUCCUGACAUGGAACUCAGGAGCGCUGCACUACAGUGACGAAGUCAAACUGGUGAAGGAGCUGAGUGACUUGAAUACCGAACGCAAUGCCCUGAAGACAGCCAUCGACAACAUCGCGUACAUCGGCAAGGGCACGUACACCGACUGUGCCAUCAAGAGGGGCCUCGCUGAGCUGCUCAUUGGGGGUUCCCAUUACCAUGAGAACAAGUAUUUGGUGGUGGUGACUGAUGGACAUCCUAUUACUGGUUACAAAGAGCCAUGUGGAGGUGUGCAGGAGGCUGCUAACGAAGCCAAGCUACACGGGGUCAAAGUGUUCGCUGUCGCCAUCUCACCUGACCAGGAGGAAGCCAGGCUGUCUCUCAUUGCCACAGACCGCAACUACAGACAGAACUUCACUGCUGCAGAUGACCUCAGAACCAGCAAGAUGGCAACCAUUGAAACCAUCAUUAACAUGAUCACAAAUGAAACAAAGGAUGUGUGUUGCUCGUUUGACUGCGUUGCUCCUGGAGGGGACAAAGGACCAGAUGGAGAAUCUGGCUCUAAGGGAGAAAUAGGUAGACCAGGGAUGCCAGGAGAGAAGGGAGAUGUUGGUGAUGUGGGCAGGAUUGGCGACCCUGGUCCUGUCGGUUACAGUGGAAUGAAGGGAGACCGUGGCCCAAGAGGAGGGAAGGGUGACAGAGGACACAAAGGCUACAAGGGAGACAAAGGUCAAAGGGGAAAGGAUGGAAUCGACGGACGCAAGGGUGAACCUGGUUUCCCUGGACUUGCUGGCUGUAAAGGCUCUCCUGGACAAGACGGCUCGCAGGGAGAGCAUGGACCAAAGGGAGACCCUGGCUCUUAUGGAAUUAAAGGAGAAAAAGGAGAUCCCGGGAGGGACGGCGAACCAGGACGACCUGGAAACUAUGGACCAUUGGGCCCAAAGGGUGAUCCAGGCCCUCGUGGUCCUGACGGGGACAAAGGAGAGCGCGGCGAAGAUGGAUUACCAGGGAAUGAUGGACCUGCGGGCGAGAAAGGGCUACCUGGAGAGAAGGGGGAGCAAGGUUCCCGUGGAAACCGAGGCCCAAGAGGAGAACCGGGGGAUCCAGGACCCCGCGGAGAACAAGGGAGGGAGGGCACAACUGGCCCCAACGGCGCCCCCGGUGAAGCUGGCAAGCCCGGGCCUCCCGGGUACAGAGGAGAUGAAGGCCAAGCCGGAUCAGAAGGACCCAGAGGGCCGAGAGGAAUCAAAGGAGCUCCAGGAGACAGAGGCCCUAUGGGAGAGAGGGGAGCGGAUGGUGCUCCAGGAAAUGGCACAGAAGGUUGUCAUGGUUUCCAGGGUUAUCCUGGGCCCCGUGGAGACCCGGGUGAGCCGGGUGGCAGGGGGACGCCUGGACCCAAAGGAGAUGAUGGCGAGCCCGGAGAUCCAGGCCCCGAUAAUAACGAACCAGGGCCUCUAGGACCAAAAGGGGCCAAAGGUCACAGAGGGCCCGAGGGCAGGCCGGGACCACCAGGGCCUCCCGGACCACCAGGAGCCGAUGAUUGUGAAAUUCUGGAUAUCAUUAUGAAGCUCUGCUCUUGUUGUGAGUGUAAGUGUGCACCAGUGGACCUGGCGUUCAUCGUGGACAGCUCAGAGAGUAUCGGUUCUACAAACUUUGCUCUUGCCAAAGACUUUAUCAUCACAGUCAUUGACAGGCUGAUAAAAGACCAGCAAGUAAAGUUUGCUGUCGACGAGUCCACAGUGAGUGUUGUCCAGUACAGUGGAUCAAGAGCCCAAGAAGCUGUCAGACUAUCCUCAAGCCUCACCGAAUUCAAACAGGCAGUGAGAGACAUGAAGUGGCUAGCUGAGGCCACGUACACAGGCGAGGCCCUUGAUUUUGCUUUGAGCAACACAAUCAGUGUCAUGAGGAAAGAGAACAAAGUCGUUCUCGUUCUCACUGAUGGACGCUCUGAUAUCGACAGAGACAAGACCCCCCUCAACAUACUCUGUGGUAAAGGCCUCCAGGUUGGUGGUUUAGGAGUAAAGGACUACUCAGGCCGUGAGCCCAACCAAGAGCAGCUCGACGACGUGGUGUGUAAGAGCGACCCCAAACCAGGCUUUUCCUUCGUGCUGGAUAACUUUGCUGAACUUCUCGACGACAACUUCCUGCAGAACCUUACAGACAGAAUCUGUAAAGAGAAGAAAUGCCCAGACUACAGAUGUCCCAUCGAGUUUCCUCAAAGUACCGAUAUUUUGGUGAUGAUGGACAGUUCGGCCAGCGUAGGCCAGAAGAACUUUGAAAUAAGCAAAACCUUUGCCCAACACUUGGCUGAUCGCUUCCUGAACGCAAACAGGUCGCUUGGUGCCCAGAUUAGAGUGGGUGUGGGCCAGUAUAGUCGGAAUGCUCGCUUGGACGCGCCGCUGAAUCACAAUCUGACGGUGUUGUCUGAGGAAAUUAAAGCAGCUACCUUCCAAAACGAUGGCACCAGCGUGACCCAGGCCUUGGAGUUUGCAAUCAGGACUUUAGCCUCCCGCGGGGAUGGAUCAGCAGGCAGUAAGAAGCUGGUGCUCUUCUCUGACGGCAGGUCUCAGGGCGUCACCCAGCCUGUCCUGGAGAAGCGUGUUCGCGAGGUGGCGGAUGCUGGUAUUGAGCUCUAUGUCAUCUCAGCUGGCACCCAGGUCAGCGAGGCUAACCUGCGCACUCUGGUGAGCAGAGGACGGCUGGCCGACAUCACAUACGCUCAGCGCCAUCUGUUCCGUCUCCCAGACUACCCAUCUCUGCUCCGUGGGGUCUUUUACCAAACCGUCUCCCGCAGGGUGUCCAUGCCCUGAAUGGGGAUACACCAUACAACAGGACUAAUACGCUUUACAUUUUUAGUCCAAUGAAUAUUCAGUCUCACUCAUUUACAGUACACUGUGUUUAAAAAAGAAAAGAAAGUCGCAAAACGACUAAUGAUUGUGUGGCAGAAAAAUGUAAAUUUCUUCAAAAAUUACCCAGAAACCUUUUUUUUUUUUUUACCCCAACUUGAUCCUCCAAGGCAGACCAUGUUAGGCUGUGUACAAACCCCGGUGCCUUUGCUGAGAUCAUAACCAAACGAAGGUAUUUGACCUAAACCUCCCACUUUUAGAAAUUUCUGCCUUGGAGGUAAAGUUCAGGGUAAAAAAGUGCCAAAUAAAUGGGUAACUCCGGUCCUGGAGAGCCAUCAGUAUUAGCACGUGUCUAUUUCUAGCUUUCAUCUGCAUUAGGCUGAUUUCUACUCAGGUAUCCCUGUAUCACUGUCAGCUCUGACUUCAGCUUUAAACAAGGCUCUUUGAAACAGCACUUACUUGCCUCUCCAGGACCGGACCUCCUGCCCUUUCAAGGAUUGUGUUUAGAGUCUAAUGUGGAUUCUUUUUUCUUAUUUUCAUUAUAACUCUAGCCACUCUUUCAAGUGGUGUCAGAUCUGUUGUGUGACAGUAACGCAAAAUGAAGUGACCAAUCACAGCUGUGAACUGAUUUAUUUUAAACUCCACCUCCAUGAUCUUUAAGUGUUAACUUAGUCCACAAUUGGAGAAAACUCACACUGUUCAUUAUGUCAAAGUUAUAUUAAAUCACCAAAACAGGAUGUGACAUCAGAUAGGCUUAUGUAGAAAGCCUGCUUCACCAGAACUCCACAGCUCGACCUUACCUGUGUGGUUCUGUCUGUGAGUAUGUGUGAACCCUCUCAGUGUGUGGACAUCAUUUACAUGUGAAUGUGUGUUUUACACAGAGCCUCGGGGCGUUGGUCCAUAAACAGCUGUGCUAUGGUCGCUGGUUCAAAUAAUAGAGUAAUGAUAAAAAACUGUUCUUUAUUGUCUGUGGAGCAGAAAAGCCUCAGUUUCACACACACAUACGCUUACAUGCAUACAUUGGUUCAGUGACCUUGGAAUCUGCCAUGGUGGAAACCUUGAAAAUAAACAUGGCACUUCUCACACCUACCCACACACAGAAAAAUACACACAGCUUUUUAGAUCACCUUAAGUGGAAGUUCAAAGGUGUUGUUAUCUUCAUUGGCUCAGAGUCACUGAGCUGUUGUUGUUAUCUGUGGUGCUACUAGUUUCAGUGUAUUAGCCUCUACCCUUUUUGUUAAAGAAGAUAUUUUUACCGUGGGGAUGCACAGCCGCAGUAGUUUCAUAAGAGCUCCUUCAAUAAAGGUUGCUGCACCUAA